AUGACGGCGCAAGCACGGACUGUUCUCUCUUUGCUUUGCACCCGGGCGAUGGUGGUGCUUGCUGAGGCGGCGCCUUCCAUGUCAACUGCGCGAUAUUUGAGCUCUGGUGCCGCCUCAUUGGCUUCGCUGGCUCGCAACACGCCAGACGCGCUGCUGUUGCGCUGCACGAAUGCUUUUGUACAGCGGCUUGCCCUUUCCCUCCCGCUUCUCCACACGGUGGAACCCCUCCAUGAGGAGGUUGCAAUUAACAUCUUUCGAAUCGCCAAGAAUAAUAGGAGUGGAAAUAUUUCGCCGGCUUGUAUUGAUAGCCUUCUGAAGGAGGUGGAUGAACGACUUGUAGGAUCGCAGUUUGCACUGUGGAAACCGCAUACAAUUAUAGCCUCGCUGCAUGCCAUUGCUGUUGCUUCGCCCUCAGGGCCGCUAAACAUGGUGGACACGCUCCUUUUCUGUGCGAAGGAGCAGCUUCCACGGCUCGAUGAGCGAAGAACAGCUCGGCUACUUUGGUGUGUUGCCACGCUGGGCAAGGAGGCAGCGCAUGCCGCCUUGUGGAGGGCGUUAUGUGGACGCCUUGUUCGUUUUUCGAAGACUAUAACGCCUACCAGUCUUUCUCUGGUGGUGGAGGCGCUUUUUAUUGUCCCAGAGUGCAUGUGUGAUGCACAGCAGGAAUUGCUGUGUGUUCUGCAUGAUACUCGACUUGCAGAAAAAGAGAGCGAUACGUUCCACCGUGAGGAGGAUGCUGUGAUGGGGAACGACUACCAGGCGCUCAAGGACCGACUUCUGUCGGAUGCACAUGUUCUGCCAGUGGAAUCCAUCAUUCAUAUGCUUUCUCGCACCUCCGGUGCUUCCUUAGAGACCUCUGACGAGGUAAACUACUUGCUUCAGUAUCUUCUUCGUCGUUCGCUGAAGCCAGCGAUGUGUCGUGAGCUGCUGGAGUUUCUCGCAACGAUUGAGAAGAGCGAGGUCACCCAGGCCCUUCGAGUGAAGGCAGUGGAGUGCAUCUGCGCUGGGGACAGUUCAGUUUCUCCUGGAACGGACGACGUUCUGCGCGAUCUCGCUAGCAUCUGCGUCGCCGUGGUUCUGGAGCGGCAACAAACUCUCGAGGUGAGCAUGGGGACACGAAAACUCCUUGAGGACUUCAUUGUGAAGUGUCAUGAUAUGAACGACACCGUGUGGGGUCGCUGCAGUGGGCGCAUCGCGGGGGUGCUGGCGGUGGCGCUGGAUGUUUUGGGGGCAUGUGAACAGACAAGCGUGAGGUCUCCCUCUCUCGCCGGAAGCGUCCUCCUACUCGAGCAAUUCCCUGAGGCAUGGGAGCGAGGUGGUGGUACCUCAGCGGAGAUUACGGAGUGUGUUGCCUGCGUCUGCAGCGCCUGCGAUUUGCUUCGUGCCCCUGCCUUGCUGAGGACCCCCUUGUCGGCAUCCACAGCCGCAGCGUCUCCUGUAGAGGCGACGAAGGGAGGCGAUGUGAGUGGCACGCAAGGCGGUCGUACCGAUGCAUUGCUGCGGCGAUGCACAAAAGUGUUUGCCCGCGAAGGCACAUUCCUGCCAAGUGCGGCCGUGUUUGACAUGUGGCGAGCUGCAGCUGGAGCAGCGGGAACAUGUCCCGCCGCACUGCAGCCACUGAUGGAAUGGCUGUUGAAUUAUACUGAGGAGCACCCCGCGGACUUCUCGCUGAUGCGGGUGGCAAGGUUUCUGGGCGCCAAUCAUUGUCGGUUACCUGCGGAGGCCGUUGAACUUUUUGUGCGAUGCUUGACGAAUGAGAGUGACAGCGUGACGACGGCCCAUCUGGACGUGCUGGUGACAUUACUUGAAGGUGCUGCGGGGCAAAGAGACACGACACUACUCCAGCGGCUACAGCUGAUGCUCUUUCUUCGCCCGCUGGGCCACGAGCAUGCACUCAUACACGCCGUUUCCUUCACAACACCUCAGUUGGUGCGUUUGUUCAACUGCUGCAGUCUUGCAUCGGACCUGACAGCGUCUAUGCAGGCGACGCUCCUAGAGUUGAUUGUCAGCGCAUGCGGGCGCUGUGCCACGAUGGCGGAACUGAACACGGCGGCGUCGCUUCUGUCGCAGCUUCAGUGCGGGCCGUUGAAGGACGCACUAGCGCGGUCGCUUGCGGUGAACGCACGGCGGAUGCCUCUUGCGGUGACACCCGAUGUGCAGAAGGCGCUGCUGAUUGUUUACCUUCAUAAGGGAGGUGUUGCUGUGGCGGAAGAUCUUCGCCAGACACUGCAACGUCGGGCGUAA